AUGCCAACUUCCUCGCUGAUCUGAGUCCGGAUGUUCCACCAAGUAGACCACCUAAAACGGCAUCACUUCGGUCAAUUUCCGUUUGGAUCGCAGACCAGGUUAUAUCAUAUAGUACGCGCCGUAACUUAUUCGGAAUCGCCCACUUGCAGUGAUACGAUAUGGUUGCCAGAGCUCCUGCGACCAUGACUUCGAAGCGGCACCUGCAACUGGACGCCGAUGAGACUGUUCUCGCCAAGCUAGGAUACAAGCAGGAGCUUCGCAGGGAAUUUACCCCACUAGAGGUGUCUGGACUUGCAUUCAGCUAUAUAGGUGUGCUCUCUAGUAUAGCCUCCAUGCUCUUCUAUGCCAUACCAAAUGGUGGACCUGUCGCUAUGGUUUGGGUGUGGGCAAUUGUUGGCCCUUUCAUCAUGUGCAUCGGGCUGGCAAUGGCGGAGCUUGCGUCAGCAGCACCUACUUCUGGAGGUCUAUACUAUUGGACUUAUUCACUUGCUUCUCCACGGUGCCGGAAUUUUCUGUCGUGGAUAGUUGGUUGUACGUCUUGCAUCUCGAUAUGGCCUUCCGUAAACUGGGCUUGCGCAAUCCAAAUCGCAGCAGCGAUCAGUAUUGCCUCCGACCAAGCAUAUACGACUACCAACGAGCAGCUCUACGGUAUAUACGCAGCUUUGGCCCUGUCACAUGCCGUCCUCGUGAGCCUCGGUACCAAAGUCUUGGCACGACUGCAGAGACUAUACACGUUUGUGAAUUUGUGCCUCUGCUUCAUAGUCAUUAUUGCACUUCCGAUCGCAACGCCACCCGAAUACCGAAACAGUGCAAGUUUUGCGCUAGGGAGCUUCAUAAACUUGGCCGGCUGGCCAUCUGGAUUCGCACUUAUCUUGAGCUUCAUGGCUCCUCUUUAUUCAGUAGGGGGUUAUGAUGCCAGCGUCCACAUGAGUGAGGAGGCCUCAAAUGCUGCUACUGCGAUACCAUUGGCAAUCAUCAGUUCUAUUGCUGUGUCGAUCGUCCUUGGUUGGGGAAUCAAUGUCUCCCUUGCCUUUUGCAUGGGUACUGACCUCGAAAGCGUCCUAAAUAGCCCUGUCGGCCAGCCUAUGGCGCAAAUCUUGUACACGUCGUUUGGGCGGAGGGGGGCCUUGGCUCUGUGGUGUCUCAUUAUCUCAACGCUGUAUAUAGUGACAUCGAACUCCCUCCUGGUCGGCUCUCGCCAGACAUUUGCAUUUGCUCGUGAUGGAGCCCUCCCAUUCUCACGAUAUUUGUACCGGAUCAAUGGCUACACGAAAACACCUGUCAAUACGGUUUGGUUCGACACCGUCUUUGUUCUGGUGGUUGGACUUCUUGCGUUCGUGAGCACCGAGGCCAUCAAUGCGGUGUUCACCAUUGGUCUCACUGCGUCGUAUGUCUCUUACAUAACGCCGAUCACAACCCGCUUUGCGUUCAAGAACGAUUUUAAACCCGGCCCAUUUCAUCUUGGGAAACUAAGCUUUCCGGUCGCUGCGAUAGCUGUGUCGUCGAUGGUCUUCAUGAUCAUCGUUUUCUUCUUUCCUUCGACCCCGCAAACGACUGCACAAGAGAUGAACUAUACAGUUGUGGUCCUUGGAGGGUACAUGACCCUUGCGAUUUUUUGGUAUUAUUGUCCGGUGUAUGGAGGCGUCCAUUGGUUCAAUGGACCCGUAGCCAACCUCACACCGUCUAUGGAAGAUGGACGCAGAGAUGUAAAUUCCGUGUCGGAGAAGGAACAACGUGAUGCAGAACUCUCUGUUUCAGUGGUGGAAGUAUGAGUAGUGUUGGCGCACUGUCGUGAAGUUGUCGGUAUUCAAAAAUGACAUGUAUUUCAACAGAUUUCAAUGCAAAAAUCUCAAGCCUUCUGUGCAUCAGAGCUUUGCACAAUCA